AUGCUUAACCUCAGCAGCCUAUUAAUAUCCAAGAAGAACAUCAAGGAUGAUGGGAAUAAUUCCUCAGAAAAUGAGGUAGGCGGAAAUAAUGAUGUUUCAUCGUUAAAUAAUGAUUGUGUUAAAAUCAAGUUAAUUAAUAUGCAAGAAUAUAAAACAAAAAAAUUGUUAGAUGAACGUAAGAAUGUAAAUGUUUGGAGUGCAAAUAAUAAAAAAGAUAAUGAUAAGAAAGAAAAGAAAAAAGAGAAAAAAAAAGAACAGCCAAAGAAAAAAGAAUCAGUAGUCACAAAGCCAAAAGUAGUAGGUGAAAAUGAUACAAAAAAAAUUGAAAAUAAAGAUAUAGAAAAUAAAAAUGUAACUCCCAAAAAAUUAUUUGUACCCUCAGCAAUUAAACAACUACAACAAAAAGAAGCUUUAAAAAAUAAACAAACUCCUAAAAAAGAAGAAGAAUUAUUCCCCGAUUUAAUACAAUCAAAAAAAACUAAUAAAACCGAAAAAGAGAAGAAAAAAACACAACCAGCAAAAAAAAGUAAAAAAGAAAAAGCAGAUAAAAAAGUACAGGAAUCUACGAAAGAACAAGAAAAUGAAUUUCCACAAAUUGAAGAAAUUGAAAAAAUUCAUUUUAACAUUUUUGAUUUUAUUGAUAUGGAAAAACAAACAUACGAACAUAUAGUUAGAAAUUCAGAAAAGGUAUUACAGAAGUAUAAAAACAGGAGCAAAUUUGUAGAUUCAAUGAUUAUGUGUAACUAA